GUCUCGUUGAAUAACGAGAACGGCCAUUUUGGUAACAUUUCUAGCGAAAAAAAAGAGUGAACACUAUUUAUUUUGUUGAUAAAGUGGCCAUUUCAAGGCCCUUUUUAAGCAUGAAUGCCUCUCUCAAAUCCACUUAAACGUACCUUGUCAGAGGAAAAUAAGUCGGAGGCUAAAAAAACAAGAUUUUGCGAAGAUCAAAGUAGAAAGUUAUCUGAUGCUGAAGAAGCUGCUGAAAAUUUACUAAAACUCGCCAUGGCAGAGCCCCAAAGAAAAGCUAAUUUUUCAGCACUUAAUACAUCAAAUUCUAACGGCAUGAACAAGAAUAAUCAGGCAGUAGGAGCUGUUAACAAACAAGGCACUGCCAAGAAGCUGGUUAUCAAAAAUUUCAAAGAAAAGCCCAGCAUGCCAGCUAAUUUUCAAGAGGUGACCUGGGAAAAAUUGCAAGGUGCAGUAGAUGCUAUUCACAGUAGCUGUUCCAUUCGUUAUAGUUUGGAAGAAUUAUACCAAGCUGUGGAGAAUAUGUGCAGUUACAAGAUGGCAACUGGUUUAUACUCACAACUAAUGAAUCGAUGCCAGAAGCAUGUCAGGGCAAACCUUGGACAAUUCUUGGCUGAAACUCUGGAUUAUGAACAGUUCCUUAAGCUUAUCGACAACUGUUGGCUGAAUCAUUGUAGGCAAAUGAUAAUGAUUCGAAGUAUUUUUCUGUAUUUGGAUCGAACUUAUGUGCUUCAAAACUCAUCCAUUCUAUCUAUAUGGGACAUGGGCCUAGACCUAUUUCGACAACAUAUUAUAUCUGAUAAAGUAGUUGAGACUAAGACUGUUGAUGGACUGCUUAAACUUAUUGAGCGCGAAAGAAACGGCGAAGCAGUCAACCGGCAGUUACUGAAGAGUUUGCUGCGUAUGCUUUCAGAUUUAAAUAUAUAUCAAAAAGCUUUUGAAAAGAAGUUUUUAGAUGCAACAGAAAUGCUCUACACUGCAGAGGGUCAAAGACUUGUUCAAGAGAGUGAGGUAUCUGAGUAUCUGCUACAUGUUGACAAACGACUUGCGGAAGAAAAUGAAAGGUUACUCCUUUAUCUCGAUCAGUCAACAAAAAAACCACUUAUCUCUUGUGUGGAAAAAAAUUUGCUGGAAAAUCACAUGAAACAGAUUCUUCAAAAAGGCCUGGAUCAGCUUUUGGAUGAGAAUAGGAUCUCAGAUCUCACUUUACUUUUUAAACUAUUCAAUCGAGUUAAAGACGGCCUGAAAUACUUGAGACUGGAAUUUGCUGCCUACAUAAAGAAAACUGGCCGUGUGAUUGUUGUUAACCCAAACAAUGACCCAGAGAAAGAUAAAGACAUGGUACAGCAAUUGCUUGAUUUUAAAGACAAAAUUGACAUUGUGAUAUUAGUAUGUUUUGAGAAGAACGAAAAAUUUGUCAACUCCAUGAAGGAAAGUUUUGAAUCUUUUAUUAACCAGAGACAGAAUAAACCUGCUGAACUUAUAGCUAAAUAUGUUGAUUCAAAGCUAAGAGCAGGGAAUAAGGAAGCCACAGAAGAGGAGAUGGAAAAACUUCUUGACAAAAUACUCGUAAUAUUCAGGUUUAUACAUGGUAAAGAUGUGUUUGAGGCAUUUUAUAAAAAAGAUUUGGCCAAGAGGUUGUUGGUUGGGAAAAGUGCAUCAGUUGAUGCAGAAAAAUCAAUGCUUUCUAAGCUUAAACAAGAAUGUGGUGCUGCUUUUACAAGUAAACUUGAGGGAAUGUUCAAAGACAUGGAGCUCUCUAAAGACAUUAGUCUUGCAUUCAGACAGAGCCUUCAAAACAGCAAUGAUUCUAUUGAUCUGACAGUUAACAUCCUGACUCAAGGUUACUGGCCUGCCUAUCCUGUCGUAGAAGUUCAUCUUCCAUCAGAGAUGGUGCGGUACCAGGAAGUCUUUAAAAAGUUUUAUUUGGGGAAACACAGUGGAAGGAAGCUUCAAUGGCAGCCUACUUUAGGUCACUGUGUUCUGAAAGCUGAGUUCAACAACUACACAGUAAGAAAAGAAAUUCAAGUGUCUUUAUUACAAACUUUGUGUCUUCUGUUGUUUAAUGAGGGUGAAGAAUAUUCUUUCUCUGACAUAAAGACAGCUACUGGCAUAGAUGAAAUGGAGCUGAAAAGAACAUUACAAUCUUUAGCUUGUGGUAAGGCUCGAGUAAUAUACAAAAAUCCAAAGGGCAAAGAUGUAAAUGACACAGACUCCUUCAAAUUUGCUGAUGAUUUCAAACACAAGUUGUACAGAAUCAAAAUUAAUCAAAUACAAAUGAAAGAGACACAAGAGGAAAAUACAAGCACUACAGAAAGGGUAUUCCAAGACAGACAAUACCAGGUGGAUGCUGCUGUGGUGCGCAUCAUGAAAACACGCAAAACACUCAGUCACAACUUACUUAUUUCAGAGCUGUUUAAUCAGCUCAAGUUCCCAGUUAAGUCGGCUGAUCUGAAGAAGAGGAUAGAAUCAUUGAUUGAGAGAGAAUACAUGGAGCGAGACAAAGAUAACCCCAACACAUACCAUUACGUUGCUUAAAAUCAGGUUUCGGAAUAUCAGUUUAACAUUGUGUAUAGUAUAUUUUGCGCUCACUGGUUUUUGCUUUUCUUUUGGUGUGUUUGUAAAACUGCCAUGAACAUCAGAGAAGCUAAUUCAUGCUAGGCAACACAGCCAUGAUCUUUUGUUAAGCAACUGAUUUGAAGUGGCUGUGAGUAUACUUUAUAAGCAGGUCACCCUCCACACUCAUUCAUAGCAUCACUUUUGAAAUAGUCAUACCUGUGUGAUGGAAUCUGUUGUGAUCAGGAAAGUUUGUAAUGGCUUUAAAAAGUUUCAAGGCUACAUGUUUUGAGGAAAGUUGAUUAUUUUUUUGGUAUUAGUAAUGUAUUGGUUUGAUUUGAUUAUUUUUAACAAUAUUAAAGCUAAGGUAAUAAAAUGAGCUAAUGUCUGUUUAGAUUUUACACAGACACAUCACUCAUUUGUGAAGAUAUAAAAUCUAUUAUGCAUUUGUGGCAAUAGUCUGUUUUAAUAAGUGAAAAUAUUUUUCUUUGUAAGAUUGAAUUGUGUAUUUGAAUACAAGUUUUUAAUGUUCUUGCUGAAUACUUAUGCAUUAGCGUUUAUUUUAGAACAUUGUUCACAUUGGGCCAACUCGUGACAGUUUUGCUGUCUCUAGUAGUAUCUUAGCCAAAAUGUUCUUGUGUGUACUAAAGUAUACAUAUAUCGGUAAAUAAACAGUAAACUUAGGUUUUUGUCAUUUUUUUUAAAAUUGUGUCCCAAGUUAUUAAUCCAAAAAUGUUUAGGAAAUUUUUUUAGUUUGCAUUUGCUAGAAGAGUUUAUUCAUGUUUAGCAGACAGUGCAUCUGGGUAGAAUACAUCCUAAGCAAUUUUUUUUGUUGAUUUUGCAUUUUAGUGUUGACCAAAUUUAGGAUGAAUGAACAAGGGAAAAUUAUGUUGUGUAAAGCAUAUGGACCACUUUGUAGAUUAAUAUUUAGCUUAAUUUUAAGAAGGCAGAAAAUCAGAUGAGAAACUUGAAGCCAAUUAUGUGGUCUUUUCAAUCCAAGUUUCUAAGCAUAGCUACCAAAUUUGUCUCAUGUAUAUUUUAGUGUAAAUAUGUUGCAUUCAAUACCAAUAAAUAAAGCUAUGUAUGACCACCAGAAAA